CACCUACUAUCUAGUGUGAGUUUAUACGUGUUCUUAAGUUCAGUUCGGUAUGGAACGUGAUGUUGUGUUAAACUAAAGUAACAAGAUGUGUUGAUACAUGGUUCGGAAACAGCGAUUGUUGUAGUUGAGAAAUAAAAUUCGUAUUAUACUUUGUAAUUCUAAAGGAUUUGUGAUAAAUCUUAGGCGAAGACACUAUGGUUUCUCAUCCUUUCCAAAGCUUCCGGGGCUUAACUAUCACACAGCCUCCACUUCUUGUGUUUACUCUUUGUCUUAUGGCUUUUGGAGUUACUAUGGUAGUUUUGGCUUAUGUCGUUGGAGAGAAUGAAAUCACUGAUCCAGAGGACAUCAUGGAUUGGAAUAUAUUUCUUAAGCGUUUAACUGAACUGGAAAUGUGUGUUGAAAAGGAAGCUAUGAUAAACAGUAGCAGGCUUUCUGCACUUAGAAAUCUGCAAUCACCUGAGUAUACAACUUUUGACUUCUCUCAAACUUCUAACCUGACAGCUAUUGGGAACUCCUCUGUACUGUUCCAACUGAGUGCCAAGAGGCCUGUAGUUGAUCAGUCACAAAGCCUAAGUACUUUGAUAACAGAUAUUUCUAGUUCUGAUGAAGAUAUUCAAAUACUACCAAAUGUUUCAUUAUCAGUGGCUGUACCUUUCAAGCUCAGCAAAAUGCUAUGGAAUGCUAUGAUUUCCAUGAAAAGUCUCAGUGGUGUUGUGACAGGCAGACUGUUAGGGUUUUCAGGUAAGGCAGCAGACCAGGAACUCAACGUCACCAUUAGCUUACCAUUUCGGAAGAUGACGUGUUCAGAGAUGGGGUGCACAGUUAUGACCUGUCUUACAUUCUAUGGCUCAUCUAUGUUGAUUCCUCAGACUAGACGUCCACCCAGUUGUCAGGUAUAUCCUACAACUCUCACAGUUCCCUUGAGUCUAUUACAUUCAGGAGAUGUAGAUUUUGGACCUGACACCUGUGCUGGUGGAACACAUGUUACAUUACAAUAUGAAGAAGAUCCAGAGCUUAGUGUCAUGUUAUCUUAUUUUGAUCGAUCCAUGGUAAAUCUUCAUCUGAUGCACACCAGUUACUUUCUGUUUUUUAUGGUUAUGACUUUAUUAUGUUUUGCCAUCAUUAAAGGCCGUUAUCGUACGACAAAGUCUCAUAUGGUAGAAAAGAACUUAUUGGAUGCUUGAAAUAAGAUCCUUGUAUACAGAUAUCUGAAGACCAAAUUUUCAAAAAAGAAAAAAACAGAACAGAGAAGAUGGUUUAAGACAUAAUAAUGAUUUUAUGUCAAGAUAUUAGAAUUUAUUCAAUUCCCUAACUUACAGAAAUUUGUUUGCAGGGUAUACUACAACCACUAUUAUUAUCAAUUUUGAAACUAUAUCCACAAAAAGCCAAGUUCUCUGUACUAAAGUUUGAGGAAUGCUUUCCUUUAUACAUGUUGGAGAUAAGCCAUUUAUGUGUAUUUUGUAAUCAUAUUGUACUUUCUUAGCUAUUCUAAAUAUUCUAAUGUAAGAAAAUUCCAUAUAUGAGGGGAUAACUUGUAGGUUUUAAAAUUAGCAUGUAUUUUUACACAUCUAGUCAUAUAAAGCAAGCCAUUAAUAAUUAUUUGUACACUUGUUUACAGUUACUUGACUAGCACCAAGAAACUUUGUUCACUUUAGAUGGGUGAAUUUAUGUUUAUGUAAAAUAAUUUAAGUAAAUACGUAGGUUUAAGCCAUAUCGUGUGAAACAAGAACUGAUUUGGAGUUAUAUGUACAUUUUAUGACACCAUUAAGAUUCUCUUAAUAUUUUUUCUUUUUAUCGUGUUUCAAGAAAGAUUGUAACUGUUCUUGUUGUAAAAAUAAAACACUAUAUGCCAAUAA